UCGAAACAUUGAAUAAAAUGUCAAUAUUUUUUGGGAACUUUUAUUAAUAGUAGUUUUAUAUUCUGAAAAAAAUUAUUUUUAAAAAACGCUAAAUUUUUUAUGUGAUUUAUCAUCAUUAUUUUAACUUUAAAUAAUGUUGAGGCGCAGAAGUUUUCAAACUAAAAACAUAUUUCGAACUACUCGAGAAUACACACGAAUAGCCUUUAAAAGUAUUCGGUCGAUUUCGUUGGUCCCUUAUGGAAUUCAUCCACUCAGUACCAAAAGCGCCAAGAGCGAAGCGCCACUGUUAUGUGAGCCCAAGGAACCUGUUCUAAAAUCGAAGGACAUACCUGGACCCAAAUCAAUUGCUCUAAAAAAGAAACUCGAAACUAUUCAGGCGGCGGGAACUGUUGAGUUUUUUGCGGAUUAUGAAAAGUCUUUUGGAAACUAUAUUUGUGACGUAGAUGGCAAUAUGAUACUUGAUAUUUACACACAAAUAUCGACGUUACCCUUGGGCUACAAUCAUCCCAAGCUGCUCCAAGUUUUUCAAAAUGACCAAAAUUUAAAAGCAUUGAUCAAUAGACCUGCCUUAGGUGUUACUCCUGGAAAGGAUUGGCCAGAUAAACUGUCUAAUAUGUUGCAAACUAUAGCUCCGAAAGGACUUUCCAAAAUAACUACCAUGAUGUGCGGUUCAUGUUCCAAUGAAAAUGCAUACAAAGCCAUAUUUAUUUGGUACCGUAAUAAACUCCGCGGCGACAAUUGUCCAUCUGAGGAAGACAAGAAAUCAGCCUUGUUAAACAAGCCCCCAGGUUCACCGAAUUUAAGCAUCCUUUCAUUCAAAGGAGGCUUCCAUGGACGUACUCUGGGCACCCUUUCGACUUCACAUACCAACUAUAUACAAAAACUGGAUUACCCAGCUUUUGAUUGGCCUGUGGCAACGUUUCCCAAAUACAAAUAUCCACUAGAUCAAAACGAAAAUUUCAACAAGAAGGAAGACAAAAACCGACUCCUUGAAGUGAAGAAACUCAUCGACAGCUCUGCUUGCAAGUCCCCAGUCGCCGGGAUUAUUGUCGAGCCAAUUCAAUGCGAGGGAGGCGACAACGAAGCGUCUGCUGAAUUCUUCAAAGGCCUCCAGAAGAUCUGCAAGGAAAAAGGAAUUGCCUUUCUGGUAGACGAAGUUCAAACGGGUGGUGGUAUUACUGGGAAGUUCUGGUGCCAUGAACACUUCAAUUUAGACGGGCCCCCGGAUAUUGUAACCUUUAGCAAAAAGUUACAAAUGGGCGGGUUCUUUCACAAGGACGAAUUUGUCGUCAGGGAGCCAUACAGGAUUUUUCACACCUGGAUGGGUGAUCCUUCAAAAUUGCUGCUCCUCGAAGAAAUCAUUCAUGUUAUUGAGGAAGAGAAGCUGUUGGAGAAUGUUAAUGAGACUGGGGCGUAUUUCAAAGAAGGUUUGAUGUCUAUCGAGAAGGAAUUUAAAGAAUUACUGCAUUCCACUCGCGGAAGAGGAUUCUUCUUGGCCACAACCUGUUCCAAUGCAGCCACGCGAGAGAAAAUUGUUGUCACCCUGAAGAAGGUUGGCAUCCAAGUCGGAGUUACUGGUGAAAGCUCCAUUCGAUUUCGGCCCGCAUUGAUUUUCAAAAAAAAACAUGUCGACAUAUUUCUAGAUCGUUUUCAUAAAGUUUUAAAAUGUCUUUAACAACAUUUUAAUACCGUGCUGAUCAAAUUUGUAUGUAUUAAAUUGAAAAAUCUUAAAUAAAGUGACUCUGUAAAAUGGA